AUGACUGAUCACGUGGCAAGCGCUGAAGAAAGUACUUUCGACGACACAGUUAAUGCUGAAGCUGGUCCUUCUUAUGUGGUUAAUUCUGAAGCUGCCAAUAUUUCUUAUGUGGUUAAUGCUAAAACUGGCACCUACGAGACUUAUGAAUAUAUAAUUGAGGAUAAGACUAGUAACUCUUGCAAAGGUGUGCCUCUUGGGAAAAUUAAUGAAGUUGACUUUUCUUCCUUAAGUGUUGGUUAUACGUUCCAAACGUGGGAUGAGGUUGAUUUUUUUUCAAAGCUUACAAUCAACACUUUGGAUUUUCUGUCAUCAAAAAAAGAGUUGAGCAAUGUAAUGACGGGAUAA